AUGAAAAUUCCACCUUCACGGAUCGACUGUAUACAGGAUUUUUUUUUUUUUUUUUUUCAAACGUUUUUCUUGCUUAAUCUUUUGUAUAUUAUUAUAGAGGCAGAUAAUUCUCGAAUAUCGUCAACAAUGAGCAAAAGAGCUUUAGACGAGGUAGAAUCUUCAGUGGUUGAGGAAAAAGUUUUAAAGAAGAAGCAAAAACUUGAUAAACAAGGCAAAGAAAAAGACAAAAAGUCCAAGCGAUCUAAAAGAGACAAAUCUGAAGACUCUAAAAAUCUCAAGGAAAAGAGGAAGGACAAAUACGGUGUCAACUCCAAAAAUGCAGAUGGCCAAAAUUUAGAGAAAAUCGAACCUGCUAUUAUCAAGCAGAUUGCAAUUUCUGAUUUGAUGUCAGUUGAGCAUUCAGUUUGUGUCAUUCAAGAGAAUUUGAAAAAGCUCAUGCAGUUAGCACCAAACUUAAGAGACCUAGAACAAUAUACGAACUUUCUUAUUGCACAAUCAACAAAGUCAGGUAUGGGUACCAAUGGUGAUAUUACUGCCAAAAUAUUGUUGUUAUCAAAAUCUCAUAAAAUUCAGUUGGCAUCUCAGUUGAAAACAUUAUCAGAGAAUGGUCAGUUGCCGAUUGUUAAACAAAUAAUAGACUUUGACAACGACACAGUUCUGGAAAAUGUAAGUGACGUGCAGCUAAAGUUAAAGGAGAAGAACAGGGAGCUACAUCGUGGUGGAACUUCCUCAGAAGCUUUCAACUCGCUACUUCCACCACUACCUACAAUUGACGAUUCUGUGCUAGAAGCCAAAGUGUUUGUUCAUAAAUCUGCUACUAACAAUGAGUUAUUAUCUUCGAAACAAGAUACCGUGCAGUCUAACAACGAAAGGCUAGAAUUCCUAGGUGAUGCUGUCUUGGAGACCGUCAUCUCGGAUGUCAUUGAAUAUAGAUAUAGAGGAUUUGAUGAAGGGCAACUAUCAUCUCUAAGAUCUACAUUGGUUAAAAAUGAGACAAUUGAAUUACUUUCUAGAGCCUAUAAAUUUCCAGAACGUCAAAUGGAAUUGCUAGAUUCUCAUAUGGUGAAGACUGAACUGACAGAAUUCAAAGUAGGCAAAAAUAAGAGAAUCGCUGAUUUAUUUGAAGCGUAUAUUGGUGCUCUAUUUAUAGACAAGGGAAGAAACGGACCGGCUUACGACUUUAUUAAGGACUGGCUGUCAAAAGUUUAUUCUCCCAUUUUAAAGGAGUUUGAUGGUUUUGACCAUUUGAAGUAUCUCCAUGUUAGUUCCAAAUUGCGUAACCAACUAUUAAGCGAAACCCCAGAAACCGUUGCAUGCAAAGCAGAUCAGAAUAAAUCAAAACAUAUUCAGUUCGACACCUUAGACUCCGAGGAAGAUAAGGUGUCUGAGGUGGAGAGUACAUCUUCAGCAACCGUACUAGAGAAAGAACUGAAAUUUCCAAUCACUUUUACGUCCUCGGAACCUGUGAACAAACUUGCUAAGGGAGAACUAUAUGCACUUAUAGGAAGUGCUAAACUACAUCCAAUUUACAAGAAUGAAAAAUCUCAAAACGAUAGUAAACACUAUUUGACAACAUGCUCCAUUGCGGAGGAUAUUCUAGGGUACGGUGAAGGUAGAAACCUUAAGGAUUCUAGUGCACGUGCGGCUCAAGCUGCGUUACUGAAUAAACCGAUGAUUGAAAAGUAUCAUUUACUGAGAAUGAUGACUCCACGUUCGGAAACACGAGCAAGUCAAAAACUAGAGUUUGUGGAGAAACCAGAAGUUGCUAGUAGCACCACGCUUAAGCAGUACACACCUAAGUUUUUGAAGACUGUUCAAUAUAUCGGUAAAGAUGAAAUUCCCACUCCUAACAGCUCUUCAAAGAACAAGCUUGUCGAUUUAUUGGCUAAGAAAGGGGUUGUUCCUAGGUACCACGUCGAAGAAGACAAGGAAAAUAAGAGUAUUUUGCCGAUGUUCAGAACCACUUUGAAAGUCAACGAUAUCGAUGUUGCAUAUUGUAUUGAUGCCAGUAAAAAGAAGGGAUUAAACAAGGUAUCUCAAUGGUUACUACAGAAAAUUGAAGAAGUAGGUGAAAAAACUAUUUACCAUGAUCUAAAGCUGGAAUAA